GUGACCUGCCGUUAAUCCGACAGGGAUUGAAGUCAGUGGAAAAAGAGCAACGGAGAGGGUUGACACAAAUUAUCGAUUUAACUCCGAAAAACACGGAUUUUUAACGCGAUGUUGAUUCACAGAAAGGAGUACUGAAACGAUAGUAGGAAAGUUGCAUAAAAUGUGAAUGUUUAGUCAACUUUAGAGGUGAGUUUGGGUCUUUUUUUGGUUGUCGGGGCUCAACAUGGAUGUCCGGGGAGCAACGGUGCAUUUCUGAGGAGGAAUUAAGGCCGUUAUUUCUGGUGCUAAAUUGGAGUCGAGGAUUUUAAAGCGGCUUCCUUUCUAUCAGGUUUAAAACUCUAGUUGGUGAAGUUGUUGUGGCUGCAAACCAAGAUGCUGAAUGUGUGGAGGCGAGACGUCCCCCUCUCAGAGCGGCUGGGGGGGGACUCUCCUCUGGCUGCUGCCCCACCUGUCCUCCCACCAACUGCAGCCCCGACAGGCCCCAACAUUUCAUGGCUCCCCGAGGCCCCGCUGCUGACUCUAGAUCAGCCCACCUUCCUCAUGACGCCCGCUGCUCAGGCGGUGUCCGGCUUCUUCGUCUGGACCGCGCUCAUCCUCACCUGUCACCAGAUCUACAUGCACCUACGGUUCUACAGCUCUCCGAGGGAGCAGCGCCACAUCGUGCGGAUCCUCUUCAUCGUUCCCAUCUACGCCUUCGACUCCUGGCUCAGUCUCCUCUUCUUCACCAACGACCAGUACUACGUGUACUUCGACACCGUCAGGGACUGCUAUGAAGCGUUUGUGAUUUAUAACUUCCUGAGUCUGUGCUACGAGUACCUGGGAGGAGAGAGCGCCAUCAUGGCCGAGAUCAGAGGGAAACCCAUCGAGUCCAGCUGUCUGUACGGGACCUGCUGCCUGCGGGGGAAGGCGUACUCCAUCGGCUUCCUGCGCUUCUGUAAGCAGGCCACGCUGCAGUUCUGCGUGGUCAAACCCAUCAUGGCCGCCGUCACCGUGGUGCUGCAGGCCUACGGGAAAUACAAGGACGGAGACUUCAAUGUUUCCGGGGGUUACCUGUACGUCACCAUCAUCUACAACAUCUCCGUCAGCCUGUCUCUGUACGCCCUCUUCCUCUUCUACUUCUCCACCCGCCAGCUGCUCAGCCCCUACAGCCCCAUGCUCAAGUUCCUCAUGGUGAAGUCCGUCAUCUUCCUCUCCUUCUGGCAGGGCAUGUUGCUGGCCAUCCUGGAGAAGUGCGGGGCCAUCCCUCAGAUAAACUCCGAGGAGGUGUCCGUCGGAGAGGGCACGGUCGCCGCCGGAUACCAGAACUUUAUUGUUUGCGUGGAGAUGUUUUUCGCCGCUCUGGCUCUGCGCCACGCUUUCACCUACACGGUCUACAUGGAGAAGAGCCUGGAUUCACAAGGAUCUGUUCCUCCAAACGGAGACUUUGGCCGCUGCGCCCCCAUGAAGUCCAUCUCCAGCAGCCUGAAGGAGACCAUUAGCCCGGGAGACAUGGUCCAGGACGCCAUCCACAACUUCUCCCCGGCCUACCAGCAGUACACCCAGCAGGCCACGCUGGAGCAGGGGGUUCCUCCCCCCCUCCCCCGGAACAUCAGCGCCGUCAGCGGGCGCGGGGGCGACACCGAGAAGACCCUGCUGCUCAGCUCCGACGACGAAUUUUAAAGCAGGGAGACCCCCCCCCCCCACACCGUCAGACUGUUGUGACAGCGGGUAAUCCUCCUGUGUGAAUGAGUAGAGAGGUGCGCUUGAUUUCCUCACCAUGGAUGCGAGGAACACUUCUCCCCAGCGUCUUAUCCAGUGGGAACUUCUUCUUUUUUUAAAGUUCCCCAGAAACUGAAAAGGGGUUCUGUUUGAUCCUGGAGAGUUCACGAGUCCAUCUCUUACAAACUUGACGUCUUAAAUGCUCGUUUUCUGGCUCCGACCGAAGCGUAGUUUCACAUUUCAGCGCAGCCAUGUGGCAUUUCAGUCCUGAUGGAUGUUUUAUGUUUUGAGCCUGGGUUCAUUUUGCUUUUUAAAGUUUGUUUGGAGACUUUGUCUGUUUUUAUCACGCUCCUUUGACUGGAAAUAGAGAAUAUAUUAAAGUUUUUAUGGAAGCUUUGAACUUUUAAUCGUGUAAAUCUAAUAUUUAGGCACUAAUUCACAACCUUUGGUUCAGACAGAAGCGAGCCGUCCCGUGGUACAGUCAACAUAAAGCGGUACGCAGUUAUGAAGAACAUGUAGAUAUGAUUUACCCGAGGAGACCCUGGUGCCUUGUGGGAUUUAAAUGGCUGCAGUGUGAGUGGAUUUAAAGGGAAACCAGUAUGAGUGAUGAGUUUCAGCUGUGUGAAACGAUGUUGUUUUUGUGGAGCAGAUUAUAGAUCAGGAGCGCAGCAGGAUUACACUGCCGGUGUUAUCAGGCGUCUUUCAGUGAGGAUUAAAACCUCUGAUGUAGGUUAACAGGAAUAUAGGUUACAGCUUUUCCAUAGAAACCAUAUUCAUAAUUCAACUUGAUUUCAAAUGUCAAGCUGCAGACGUUUAAAGUCAAACUGGAAAUUGAGUUUGAGUGUUUAAGGAAAUAUUUGAGCUUUAUUUAAACUAUUUUCCUGGACAAAUUUGCAAAUAAGUGCACUCUCUUUGCAUUAAACUAAUUUGGAGGGAGAUUUGAUCACCAGGACAGGCAUUAUGAGUCAAUAAUAUUAAGGCUCUAUCUCAGAGAUAUGAAGUGUGGUCUAAAAAAAUUCAGUUUGACUUUAACAUUUUUGUUUAUUUCAAGGUAGAGAAGUGCAAAUAUCACCCAUUCUAUCACCAAAGUCAUUCAAAGAAACACAUUUUCUGUGCUUCUUUUCAUGUAUCUUGCACACCUUCUGUAGUCACUUCUUUAUCAGCUCGUCAGGUUUUAGUUUUAUACGUGUUUUUGCUUUUAAGUUUUUUGCUGAACAACUUUUUUUGUUGCACUUUUACAGUUUUACCCUGAAGAUAGGUACAACGCUAAAACCCCUGUAUAUUAGCAAAGUAACAUGGGAAAAUAUGUUAUAAAUGCAUUAACAAUAUGUCCAGUCAAUCUGCUCUCCGUUAACAAUACCUUCAUACGUCCUGGAUGCUGUUUUGUUCGAUUAACCCCAGCCGAUUGCACAUCAUUUGAGUUCUUGAGUCACCUGAAGGAGUCAUAUCGAUUCUGCUGACGUGUUUACUGCAACUGCUGCUGUAGCGCUGAGUGAACACCAGGGGGCCGGGUAGACACACACACACACACACACACACACACACACACACACACACACUGUUAUCUAGCAGCAGACAGGCAGUUCUCACACACUUUAAGCUGUAGUCAUGUAACUGCUUUGUCUGCCUCUUUCUCUUAUCUCCAUCAACAAAGCACUCACACACUCACACACACACACACACACUCACACACACACACACACACACACACACACACACACACACACACACACACACACACACACAGCUUUUUAAAAAUUUCUGCUCCUGUCUCGUGAUAUUUGCUUUAGCUCAGUGUCUUAUUUUGAGACCCUGCUGAGUGUCGUCUGGUUGUGUGCUGCGUUUGGACGUGGAUACAGAGUGGAUUCAUAUUUUGGACUCUGCUCCGCCUGCAGCUGAGGACGCGUGUUCCUCUCCACAGCUCGGGUCACUUCAUUGUGAUGCUUUAAAAUACACUGUCCUCUUUUGGCCCAUGUAAAUGUGUUUUGUGCACUAAAAUUGAGCCAUCUUUAUCCUACAAAUGAGACGCCAUCUCAGAUUUUUGCAGAAAGAAUUCACAGUGACGAUAUUGGAGUGAUGUCCAUUUAGAAUUUCAAAAUAAAACAAUAGUAUCGGGCAAAUUCCUCUAAGUUUGACUUUAUAUUGUGUAUUGUGUCUCUGUGUGUGUUGGGGGAGUGAGAUAAAGCAGUUUGUGGAGGAAAAGGACAUUAUUUAAAAGGAGUUAUAUUAUUUACAAGAUUUUAUUGUGCAUUAUUUAAGCGAUAAUGUACGACAAGCCGGUCUGAAAUCACACUAAAGGGGUUUAUUUUGCAAUAACGACCCGGCCGCUGUACUUUAUUACGCUAAUUACACGCCUACUGACUAAAGAGAUUCAUAAUAUAGAUUUUUAAAGUGUUUUUAUUGAUUUGUUUGUUUACUUUGCUUCAACUAAAACUCACUGAUUGUUAUCCGAUAGAGCUGCGUCCAUAGCAACAGUAGAAUGCCGUUAUCGACCAAUCAGAAUCCAGUAUUCCACGAACCACACGGUAUAAACAAUUAUGCAUUUUUGGUUGAAUUACAGCUACUAAUGACAGGUUUCUUUGGCCUAAUAUUAAAGACUUUUACAAUUUAAAACCAACGUAUGUAAGUCGUACCACGCUUUUAAAUGCCAUAUUUCACUCUCAAGCUUUAGCCUCUUUCGUCACACUGCUGUUAUUAUCAUUUUGUGGUUUGUGAAAUGUGCUGACGUAAAGGAACCUGAGGGAAACGCUGCACGCCAAUGUUGUGAAUCCAGUUUCUGGGUGCUGUCUGCAGGAGGAGGGCCGUGUGUUUCAAGAGUCAUGUAUGCUGUAUCGGUGGAGAGAGAACACUAGUUUUGUAUUCGCUUCAGAACUCUCUCUAUUAUUUCAACGACUGUUUUUGGUUUCUAGUACUUUGUAUAUGAUGAAGCUGCUCAUGAUGCUAUAAUGUCCUGUCAAAAGGAGAAAUAUCUGAAGAUAUAAUAAAGAAUAUUUAGUCUAA